AUGAUUCGAUUGUUCAUUUUUUCCGCCUUAUGGGUUGGAAUUACUGCAACAGAAAAUUCGACUUUGAUUGAUGCAGUGAGUUAGAAAUUAGACAAUUCAGGAUGUGCCAAAAAUUAAAGGAUAAAUUCAAAUUCAAAUAAUAAAUUUAUAAUCGAAGGUCACGCAAAAAUUAUUAUUUUUUCGUGGAACUUUUUUUGAGAUUCCAAAACGGGGCCCAAUUUUUCAUAAACCCAAUCGAACCAGUUUUUCUCUGAAUUUUUACUCACGGAAAUUUUUGUGAUUUCAAAAAAAAAAAUAGUCCGAUUCAGAUAUUUUGGGAAGUGGAUAUAAUUCAAAAUCUCUAAAUUUAACAUUUUUCUAGUUUUCAGUUUCAAACGAUAUAUUUCUUAUAAAUAUUGUUUUAUUGCAAAUUUCUAAUAUUCCUUGUCCAAAGAAUAAUUUUUUCAAAUCGUCCCAAAAGUGAACAUCUGUGUAAUUCAAUAAAUAAUUCAUCGAAUCCAAAAAAAUCGAUCACUCAAUCAAUCAGAAUUCUAAAUUAAUAUUGUUCAUCAAUUGCAGACUCCAUUGUGCAUCGAAUAUGCAGAUUGUAUACACAAAGCACAACAGAAGGCUGAAGAGUGUCACCUUUUGGAAAACAACACCGAGGUUUGUCAUGACUAGAAUAAAAAAUGAAUCAGUAGACAAAUAAAUUGAAUUCUCAUCAAUGUCGCUUCUAGAAUAUGCUAUUACUUUGGUCAAAAGCAGUCAGGAGAAUGUGUUAUCGGAGAAAGGUUUUUUUUGAGUAGGCAUGAAACUAUUUUUAUGAUUAUCAUAUUUUGGAUAAAUAACUCUUUGCAUUUCUUCCAAAACCUUGCAGUGCGCGAUAAGUUUACUUAUUAACAUGCAUACCAAGGGCACGUAUCAAAAAAAUACCUUGUUUUCACAUUUGAAACUUUUAAAUUACAGGUAACAAAUGGUAAGAAAGGUCAGUGCACUGAAGCGAAACGAAUUCAUUUGGAAAUUCGUACGAUCCACGAUAAAGUGAGUUGUUUUCUCAUUCUUUCACUCAUAGUUGUUUUUCAUAUGGAUCAUUUAGCUUGCUGAUGAGAUUGAAAGUUGUGUUCGUGACAAAUCAGAAGAUGUUCUUGGAUUGAGUGAAAAGAAACAUGAGCGAUGUCAAUCAAUUUUGAAAAAGAAUGCAAAACGAGCUGCUAUUGAACCACAAAAACGUAGAUCGAAGAAAGAGAAGAAUAGUUUGAAAGUUGCUGCGAAGGUACGUGUGAAUGACAGAAAUAUAAAAUGUAGAAAUCAAAUAUUCAAAAUUCCAGACAUGCAACAAAGACGCUCGCCGACUAAAAACUCAAUGCGCCCGACUCGCCAAGUGCUGUUCAGCUGCUCGAGUGUUCGUUUUUUCUUCCUCAUUUAAUCGGCGUCACAUUAAGCACUUGACCAAACAACAAUUUUCAGGUGUCAUCGUAAUGAGGAUAAAAUUGAGUUGGAAAAAAAGAAAGUGGCGUUGAAAGAAGCCACCAGAGAAUGCGCCAAUGCAACAAGAAAAGGAGCUAGAAAGGGGAAAAACGGUAAACGUGGUGGCGAAGAUAAGGAACGAGAAGGGAAAAAGGCAAAAGGUGAUAAUAAAAAACGUGGAGGUAAUAUUGGAAAAUCAUUGGAACGAGCAGCUAACAAGAAAAAAGAAGCGCCAAUUGGUGGAAAGAAAUUGGCAGCAGCUGUAAGUUUCAAAGGAGAUCUAAUCUGACAUUCAAAAUAAUCUGUUUACAGCUCGAAGAUAUGCCACAUUCAUCAUAA